UAUUCUCACAUUUGUUUAUUUUUCCACAGAUACGUUGUUUGGGCGGACCACAAUAACACUGCACCAAAAAUAAUGCGCGCAGAUUUGACAGGGGAAAAUCAUCAAGAGUUGUUCACAACGUUUCAUGGAUUGCCUCUUUACGUUAUCAUCGAUUACAGUGAGAAUCGAGUGUACUGGACCGAUAUUCACCUUUUUUACACCUUUAUCGGAUCAAUUGGAAUCGACGGGAGUGCAUAUCAAGGCUUAGGAUAUCUUCACCCGGUUUUCUAUCCGUUUGACUUGGCAAUCUUUCAAAGCAAUUUCUACUGGGCUGAUCAGAAUUUACAAGGAGUGUCGUGGUUCAAUUUUAAGUCUUCAUCUCCCACUGUGAACACUCGUCAAAAUUUGUCUCCAUACAUCGUGCUCGGAGUAACGAUUUCAGACCUAUCAACGCAGCCUAUGGCCGUUGACCAGCCAUGCGCAGUAAACAAUGGAAACUGCAGCCAUCUAUGUUUGUUAACUCCAGGGAGAGGAAGGAAGUGCGCAUGCCCUCAGGGCGUCGACUUGAAUGACGACGGAACGACUUGUGCUAACGGCUCGGCACUUGCGACACAGGCACCACCGCUUCCAGACGUCCAAGUGCGUCUCGUGGGCUCCUCAUUGGCCAGCAGGGGUCGUGUUGAAGUACUUUAUAAUGGCCAGUGGGGAACAAUAUGUGAUGACUACUGGGGAAUAGCCGAAGCACACGUCAUCUGCCGAAUGCUGAACUAUUCAGGUGCCGAGUUUGCACCACGGAAUGCGCUUUUUGGCGAAGGAUCAGCAUCCAUGCCCAUCCUGUUAGACAAUGUCAAAUGUCGAGGUGACGAGUCCACAAUUGCCGCUUGUCGACACAGUGGAUGGGGUCAAAAUAAUUGCGACCAUUCAGAUGACGCUAGUGUUGUCUGUUGGAGAGAGUCUACGGCUCCUGUUCAAGGACCAACUCUGGCUCCUGGGCCACACCCAGGUAUGUGUUUGGAAAUUUUGCUUCGAAUUCCGAUUGGUUUAUCACGUUUCUUUGCAAUAACUCUCGCAGUAUUCUAAUUUGCCCCGCUCAACCGAAUAUAAAAAAUUUAUUACGUAUUGAACAACCAUUUCUGGGGUGUGCCAAUACUAACCUUGUAUGACCCUCUUCAUCAUGUCCUUUCAAUCAAAAUUACAUGAUAACGACUUAAAGAAAACAAUACUAGCCUGUAAAAUAAACCUGUAUAGAGCUUACAACAACCCGAUUCGUCAAUACUCGAAAAUACUAGCCGGCCUUAGUCAUUGGGUAUUUAAUUUAGAGGGCGAAAAAGCGGCCGUAUGACUCGAAUGAAUACAAACGAAGACAAUAUGAUAUCUAUACCAAUUCCCCGCUAAUGAAGCGUUGUAACAACGUGUCACGAUGACAUAACACCCCUGGGACGAGGUUACACAACCCAUGAUAAAUACAUUUCCAAGAAUUCUUGCGCGCUCAUUGGUCUAGAGCUAUGGCUGAUGAGAAUAUUGACCA